AUGAGUUUUCGCCUCAAUAAAUCCCGCAAGGUUCAGCCGAAGCGUCCUUGUCGAAGUGCGCCGCAGACCACGCAGGAACUCGAACAGCAGCUGAAGCUGCGGCGGAAAGUCCGGCAGCAAGUCCAGCAGGAACUUCAGCAACAGCGACAACUGCAGGAGCAGCAGCGACUCCAGCAGCUACCAGAGACGCAGCAGCUACCAGAGACGCAGCAGCUACCAGAGACGCAGCAGCUACCACAGACGCAGCAAAAAUCACAGACGCAGCAGCUACCGGAUACGCAGCAGCUACCACAGCAGCGGAAGCAUAAAGGACCCAUCAGGUAUCAGCCAAAGCCUCCUCUUCAAAGUGCGCCCCAGGCCACGCAGCAAUUCCAGCAGCCACAGCAGCAGCCACAGCAGCAGCAGCUAUUCCAGAAGCCCCAGCAACAACCACAGCAAGAGCGGAUAUUCCAGCAGCCACAGCAGCAGCCACAGCAGCAGCAGCUAUUCCAGAAGCCACAGCAGCAACCUCAGCAGGAGCAGCCACAGCAGGAGCCGCAGCAGGAGCCACAGCAGCAGCCACAGCAGCAACAGCUAUUCCAGGAGCCGCAGCAGCAAUUACAGCAGCAGCAGCAGCAGCAGGUUCAUCAGCAGGUUCAUCAGCAACUCCAGCAGCAGCGACAGGGGCAACAGACUCCAGAGGCUCAGGCUCAACCACAGCAAGCCCAGCAGUCGCAGACGGAACCUGCGAAGACGGCGUUAACUUCUCAACUUCCUCUGCCGCAACCAAAAGAGCCUGAGCCAAUGUGCUGGCAUCCUCAAACCCCACAGAGGGAGCACCGGCAGAUGCUGGAGGAGCAGGUGUGCGAGCACCAGCAGAAUCUUUCCGUGGUGCAGCAGCACCAGCUGGAGCUGCGAGCCGCUGCCGAGCAGAUGCAGGCAGACGUCGCUGCUAUGCAGGAGCAUAUGCAGCAGGAGCGGCUCGCGGCUUUACAGCAGCCCUCCCGGAGUAGCCUAGAGGGAAAUCUUGUUGCCAUGCAACAAGAACUCGUAGCCCUCCGGAGGACCAUGAAGCGCCAGCAUCCGGUGAUCCGUGGGCUACUGCAGCGAUUCGUCCUCGCACAAGAGCAGCAGUUGCUCGCGGAUCUACCCUCCCAGAGUAGCCUAGAGGAAGCUCUUGUUGCCAUGCAACAAGAGCUCGAAGCGCUCCAGACGGCCAUGGAACACCAGCAGCAGGUGAUCCGUGAGCUGCAGCAGCAGUUCGUGUUCGCACGACAGCAGCAGCGGCUCGCAGAUCGCCGUGCGCGGGGCCAUGGCCGUACCGAGGCGAAGGCUAGGGCGUUGAAGCGACAGAGUCACGCCGAGGGGACUUCCAAAAGGGAGUUCCUCAAGCCGGCCCAGUCGGACCAACGCCCUCCCCCUCCCCCUGCUCAACAAGAUGCCCGCCCGAGGCUCUCCCGUCCUCCGCCUCCGUUUUUCGUUGGCGAGGGUGGUGGUGUCCUCUUGAAGAAAUUUCGAGAGCGGCAUCCCACCUGGGAGAGUCGUGGUGAGGGCAUCGCGGUGAUGACGGGGAAGAGGCGACGUGAGGAGGGGCCUGCUGCUGAGGGGGGAGUUGAGGAGGGCGAGCGAUCGUCCACUAAGAGACUGAAGCUUCACACCGAGGGGAUGGGGUUUUUGAUCCACGUAAAGCUGGCUUAUUCCGACUGCAUCCCCGAGAUUUACUAUAUAGCCAGCGCUAUUAUCUUCGAGCCGGUGGCACGACGGAGCGAAUAUGCGCUGAAGUUUUCCCUAUCAGGGCGCGAGUUCUAA